GGUCAAUCACGUCCUGACCGCCAUUUUGUUUUGUGAAAGGUUGAUGGAGUGACGAAGUCAGGACGGUUUCACGAUGCUUCGGGUCGGCCAGUGGUCGGGGAAAGUCCUGCGGGCUGCGACAACAUGCACAAACGUCAGGUGUGCCUCUCAAGCAGCCAAGGCGCCCGAAAAAAUCGAGGUUUUUGUUGAUGACAAGCGCGUUCUUGUCGACCCCGGUACGACCGUGCUGCAGGCAGCAGCCAUGGUGGGCGUGGAGAUCCCGCGCUUCUGUUACCAUGACAGGCUGUCCAUCGCAGGUAACUGCCGAAUGUGUCUGGUGGAGGUGGAGCGCUCGCCCAAGCCGGUUGCGGCAUGCGCCAUGCCAGUCAUGAAGGGCUGGAAGAUCAAGACGGACUCAGACAUGACCAAGAAGGCACGCGAAGGAGUCAUGGAGUUCCUAUUGGUCAAUCAUCCACUGGACUGUCCCAUUUGUGACCAAGGAGGAGAGUGUGACCUCCAGGACCAGUCCAUGACCUUCGGCAGUGACAGAAGUCGUUUUACCGACAACUCCUUCACUGGCAAGCGUGCCGUGGAGGAUAAGAACAUUGGCCCUCUGGUCAAGACCAUCAUGACUCGCUGUAUUCACUGCACCAGGUGUAUCAGGUUUGCUAGUGAGAUUGCAGGGGUCGACGACCUGGGCACAACUGGGCGUGGUGGAGACAUGCAGGUUGGCACGUAUGUUGAGAAGCUGUUUAAGUCUGAGAUGUCAGGAAACGUCAUCGACCUGUGUCCGGUCGGUGCGCUGACGUCCAAGCCAUACGCCUUCACAGCCAGACCGUGGGAAACCAGGAAGACAGAAACUAUUGAUGUGAUGGACGCCGUGGGGAGCAACAUUGUAGUCAGUACCAGGUCUGGUGAAGUGAUGCGGAUACUGCCUCGCCUACAUGAGGACAUCAACGAGGAGUGGAUAUCAGACAAAACACGGUUUGCGUACGACGGGCUGAAGCGCCAGCGCCUGACCCAGCCCAUGAUGAAGGACGAGAGCGGGAACCUGGCGCCGUGCACGUGGGAGGACGCACUACUGAGGACUGCAGAGAAACUCCACGGGGUGCGAGGGGAAGAGGUGGGGGCUGUGGUGGGGGGCCAGGCGGAUGCAGAGUCCCUGAUUGCCCUGAAGGACUUACUGAACAGACUGGGCAGUGAGGCCCUCUGCACAGAGGAGAUUUUCCCCAUGAAUGGUGCCGGGACAGACCUGCGCUCCAACUACCUACUCAACACGUCCAUCGCUGGGGUGGAGGAAGCAGAUGUCUUGCUGCUGGUCGGUACAAACCCACGCUUUGAGGCUCCGCUCUUCAAUACGCGUGUUCGCAAAAGCUGGCUGCACAACGAGCUCCAAGUGGCGGUGAUUGGCGCUCCAGUCGACCUGACGUACGAGUACAGCCACCUCGGGGAGUCGCCCAGCGUUCUACAAGACCUCAUCGAUGGGAAGCACCCGUACUCUAAAGUUCUCGCAGGUGCCAAGCGCCCGAUGGUGGUGAUCGGCAGCGAGGCUCUGCAGAGAGAGGAUGGGGCGGCGGUUCACAAGGCGGUCGGCACGUUGGCGCAGAAGCUGCGUGUGACCAAUCAGGUGGAGGGAGAGUGGCGUGUUCUCAACGUGCUCCACAGGGUGGCCAGCCAGGUGGCAGCGUUGGAUCUUGGUUACAAGGCCGGGGUGGAGGCGAUCCGAGCUAACCCUCCCAAGGUUCUGUUCCUCCUGGGUGCAGAUGGUGGGGCCGUCACGCGUGAAGAUCUUCCCAAAGACUGCUUCAUUGUUUACCAGGGUCACCACGGUGACGUGGGAGCACCUGUGGCCGAUGUCGUCCUGCCGGGAGCAGCGUACACGGAGAAAACGGCCACGUACGUCAACACGGAGGGCCGCGCCCAGCAGACAAGAAUGGCCGUCAAUCCGCCCGGGAUGUCCAGGGACGACUGGAAGGUUCUCCGUGCGCUGUCCGAGCUCGCCGGCCUCACGCUGCCCUACGAUACACUGGAUGAAGUACGAGGAAGGCUGCGAGAGGUUUCGCCAAACCUGGUCCGGUACGGAGACGUCGAGGAUGCCAACUACUUCAAGCAGGCACAAGAGCUGGCUAACUUAGUGGAGGGGAAAAUCAGCGCAUCACCACUGCAGCCAAGUCUGCAGGAACUUAAGGACUUCUUUAUGACAGAUUCUAUCAGUCGAGCCUCCCAGACCAUGGCCAAGUGUGCCAAGGCUGCCUCCCAGGAGCAGGAUAGCAAGCAUACGGAAUAUUAGUGUUGACUUCAGUGUGUCAUGCUGUUUCAUAUAGUGGCAGGUUACAAAAAAAUACAGAAGAAUAUCAAAUCUUAACAUUAUCUGAUUUGUUGAAAUGGUAUGAAAAUGUACUGAUACAGUAAAAAGUAAACAAAGAGUGCCGCAAAAGUAAAUCAAACAUUAGAAGUUCCUUUACCCACCAGCUACAUGCACAUGUAUGGAUAGCAGAUAAGAGCCAAAGCUUUCCUUACCUCCACAUUAUCAGUUACAUAACGAUUAGGAUGAAUGACAAUAAGCAGUUACAGCUGUGUUCAGUAGUCUUGUGACAAUAAAGUUGUGUUCAACAUC